AUGCCGUUCAAGUCUGUAUACGAGCACAUCGACAUCCCCCAGAGCAAUGUCCUGACUUACAUCUUUGGCAACGGCUCGUUGCUCUCCAACGAGCCCAUCUGGAUCGAUGCCAAAAACCCUCAAAAGAACCUCUCACCACACCAGCUGCUGCAAUGGGUUCGGCGGCUGGGCCUCGGCCUGCAGCGCCUGGGCUUGAAGCGAGGAGACGUCGUCAUGAUCUGCACGCCGAACCACAUCUUUGUGCCUGUGGCGUAUCUGGGCAUUGCGGGCUCGGGACACAUUUUCAGCGGUGCCAAUCCGGUUUCUACGGUUCCGGAACUGGUCCAUCAGCUCUCCAACACUGGAGCAAAAGCCGUGCUUGCCCAUCCCACCGUCCUCUCCAACAUUGUCGAGGCCGCAGUCAAAGUCGGCAUCCCCAGAAACCGCAUCUUCCAGUUCUCAGACGAGGAAACCCCCGUCCAAGAUGGCGUUCCAGACUGGAGAUCCCUCCUAGCAACCCACGCAGACGCCUUCCGCUGGCAAUGGCCCGAGUUCACCCCCCAAGAGGCGCGCAACACCAUCGCCACCAUUAACUUUAGCUCCGGAACCACAGGCCUGCCCAAGGGCGUCUGCGUCCCCCACGCGAGCCUCAUCGCCAAUCUUGCCCAGGCCGUGCAUCUGCGCCACGUCCACCGCAAACCUGAGUGGGAUCUGCUGCCGCGCAACCGCUGGAUCGGCUUCCUGCCGCUGUACCACGCCUACGGCCAGCUCUACGCCUGCCUGAUGGCGGGCAAGACGCUGACGCCGCUGUACAUCAUGGCCAAGUUCCAGUACGAGGAGUUCCUGUCCAACAUUGAAAAGUACCAAAUCACGCAGCUGCAAGUCGCGCCGCCCAUCAUUGUCAUGCUCACCAAGCGCCCCGAGACGAGCCGCUACAACCUCUCCAGCGUGCGGCACAUCACCUGCGGAGCCGCGCCGCUGUCCCGGGAGCUGCAGAAGGCGUGCGAGGAGAAAUUCAAGCUGCGCAUCACGCAGGGCUACGGCAUGACGGAGCUGACCUGUACCGGCAUCAGCUGGGCCGAGGGCCUGGCCGGCGACAGCGCAGGAUCUGUAGGCCGGCUGCUUCCCAACUGCGAGUGCAAGCUGCUCGACGAUGACGGAAAGGAGGUUGAAGCGGGGAAGCCGGGAGAGCUGCACAUUCGGGGUCCAAACGUUUGCUUGGGAUACUGGAAGAACGAGGCGGCAACGCGAGAGUGUUUGGACAAGGACGGGUGGUUCAGGACUGGCGAUGUUGCGGUUUGCAAUAAGGAGGGGCUGUUUUGGAUUGUUGAUCGGAAGAAGGAACUCAUCAAAGUCAACGGCUUGCAAGUCGCCCCCGCAGAACUAGAAGCCGUGCUGUUAGAAAACGAGCACGUCGCCGACGCAGCCGUUGUCGAAAUCAAAUUCAACGAGGAAGAGUGGCCCCGAGCAUACGUCGUCAUCCAGCCAACGUCAAAGGGCAAAGUAACGCCCAAAGACAUCCAAGACUGGACUGCCGCGCGCGUGGCCAAGCAUAAGCGGCUUGUGGGCGGCGUCACGUUCAUCGAUGAGGUGCCGAAGCUGGCGAGUGGCAAGAUUAUCCGAAAGCUGAUGAAGCAGUGGUCCAAGAGAGACGCCGAGGAGAUGCUGAAAAAUGGAACGGCACCUCGAGCGAGGUUCGCUAUAAUCGACGACACCCACUUCCUCGCCGCCGUAUUGUACUUCUUCCUAUACUCCCGCUCCUCCUCCCGCUUCUUCGCCGCCUCUUCCUCCCUAUCCUGCUUCUGCGCCUGUCGUCGCAUACGAGCCGCCCGCAGCGCGGAUUCGCGAGCCUCGGCCGUUCGUAACGCCGCUGUGGACGACGGUCCUUCUGCUGUUACUGCUGCGGCUGUCGUUGUCGUUGUCGUUGAAGACGUGCCGGAUAUGCGUGUUGACGAGGCAGAUGCAGAUGCAGAUCCGGGAGGAGGCUUGUUUAUCGCUUUGGCAGCGCUCUGCGAUAUCCUGCUGCUUGUCGUCGCUGUCGUGGCAUAUCCUCGCCCCAUCGAUGCGCAGCACUUCUUCUGCGCCGCCACUGCAAAGCACCGCUCAGUGCCAUUGGCUCUCCGUCCGCAAAGCUCUGUGCAUAUCCGUCUCUCGUAG